CUUUAACCGGAAGUAUAAGCUGCAUAACGACUUGUUGCUGACAAAUCAUUCGGACAGCAAGGCAUGUGAGAAUGACCAAGUGCAUGUAGCUGUUUUUUUCAAGUGAUUGGUACCAUGUUGCGGAAGAUUGUGUACAGGGUGGUCAUUGACGCAGUCUGUCUGACAACAGUGGCCUUGCCUAGUUUAAUUUUGUUUCUUCUGGGGGAAUCCUUUCAUCGUGGGUUUUACUGUGAUGAUGAAAGCAUUAAACAUCCACAUAAGCCUAACACAAUUCCUACAUGGGUUGCUUCAUUUGUUGGCUUAACUAUUCCUAUUUUGUUUAUUGUUGUUAUAGAGGCAUCGAGGUUUUCAGUUUCCAGCCGAAAUUUCCUUGAUGUAACAAAAAGAAAGUUUGUGAUUUCGGUAUACAGAACUUUAAGUUCCUUUUUCUUUGGGGCUGCGAUCACUCAGAUGUUGACAGAUAUUGCUAAGUAUAGCAUAGGACGACUGAGACCACAUUUUUACAGCGUGUGUAAGCCGAGUAUCCAGAACUGCACCUGGAACACAGGCUAUAUAGAAGAUUAUAUUUGUACGGGAACAGACCUGGAAGCCAUUAAAGAAGCUAGGUUGUCUUUUCCAUCUGGGCACAGUUCUAUUACAAUGUACUGUAUGUUCUUUGCUAUUAUGUACCUCCAGAAUAGAAUGACAUGGAGAAAGUGUUGGUUACUUAGGCCAGUGAUACAGAUGAUCCUUUUUAUAUUUGCCUACUACACGUCUAUAUCCAGGAUUUCAGACUACAUGCACCACUGGAGUGAUGUGUUAGGGGGGUCUGUUCUUGGAGUUGCUGUGGCCAUUCUUGUGAUCUUUUUUGUGUCAGAUGUAAUGGCAGAUGUAGCAUGUUGUCGUAGCAGUGCAAGUAAUCCCAGCAUUCCACUCUACAACGUACAUUCUGAUGAAGACCGGCUAAGUGUAAAACAUUCAAAUGAUUUCCAAUUAUCCACUGGAGUUGGCAGUCAUAAUGCUGCUCCUCAACCUUGAUCUUCACCUUUGACCUCUUGCAGUUUAAUGCGUGUUGUACUUGUGGCUAUUAAUUGCACAGUGCUUACUGCUGGCGUUUUGUGUUUCUGUUAACAGUAUUUCUUUCUAUUUAUGUUAAUUUUUUUUUGUUUUUUAUUUAUAUUCUACAAAUUCUUUAUUUAUGCCUCUUUUAUCUUUUGUGAUAAACCUUUGUAGUCCAUAGGCUUUAGCCUGUUGGUGUUCCUGGUAUAUAUUAUAACCCAAAAUUCUGUUAAUUAAUGCAAUCUUUAUAAUAAGAUAUCUAAAUGCAUAUCAUAUAUAACAAUAUACAUAUAUAAAAAUACACAUAUAUAGGGCAAGCUUAAUCACCUGCAACAAUUAAUGAGAAAACUAUAAUUAUAUCACUGAACUGUGAAUUAAUAUUUUGCUAUAUUUAUUUUACUAACAAAAUGUUAUUCUCAAGACUUCUAUGCUCAGCUGAGUGAGCUUUUCUAAUCACAUUUCCUUUUGUUUGGAAUCUGAAUCUCUGUCCAGUCUGUCUGCCCAACUAACGUAACAUUUUCAACUUCUUCUUAAGAACCACCUGGCCAAUUUCAACAAUUUUUGCCACAAAGCAUUCUUUUAAUAAUGGGAUUCAAAAUUAUCUAAAUGAAGGGACACAUCCUUUUUCAAGAUGAGAUAUUUAAGAAAGAAUAUAUUUUUGAGUGGGUCAUUAGACAAAUUCUUUUCAAGAACCACUGUACCAAAAAAGACAGAAAUGAUCGCAGUUGAAACUUCCUAACAUGUAGGUUCAAGUUUGUGAAAAUUUUUGUCUUCUUCUCAGGAUCAGCAAGGCCACAGUGUAAAAUGCAUUCAG